GUGUUUUGUGGUGCUCGGAAUGGUGUUUGUGGUGCUGGGCCUGUACCGGUACUUCCACUCGCAGUUGCUGAUGACCAAGGGCCGGUUCCCGGUGUCGCGGACGAUGGUGGGCGCGUGCGCAACAGCCACAUUGGCGUUGCUUAUUGGCCUUCUGGUGUCUAUGUUCACGGAGAGCCAGUGACGUUAUUUUUCUUAUCUGUUCCAUAUCUCUGAAUCUUCCAGUUCCUAUUAUGAAUAUACGAUAAACAAUUUAAAAAAAAAAAAAGAUAUAGUGUUUCGAUUGCUAUUCUCUGAAAGAUGCGUCCAGACUUGCACAAACAGAAGGCUAGUCGCCGGUAUCAGGCGACGCACAAGGAGGCGGCGCAGACGCACCGGGAGCGCCACGGCAAGUCGCGCCCAGCCGACCAUCCAAGCACCUCACCAUCAGUUGACCGCAAGCAGUUCUCGCGACGAAACAUGCAGGACAACUCCUGGCGAUACGCCGACCCCAGCGACGUGCCCAGCGACGCACAGGACGAACAGGACAUCGCAGACUUUCUCAAAUACAUGCAGGACAAAUCGGACGGGCUGGCAGCAGAACAAUCGGCUGUGUACUUUCAGCUGCAGUCCGAGACAGUGGAGUUGCCGGAGAGCCAUGUGUGGGAGAAGCUGGUGGAGGUGCCAUGGGAGAUGCUAAGCAGGGAUGCGGCGGAAUGGCAGGACCUGCAUGGGCUGCUGGGGAUUGAUGAGUGGACGGAGAUGCCCCAGGUCGAGGAAUCGGUCGGGAUGCCGGUGGAGGCGCGGGUGGAGAGGCGGGUGCCGGCGACAUUGCAGACCAGCAAGUUGAUGACGGUGAGGCCGGCAGCACAGCCAGCAGUGAGGCCGGCGUUCAGACCUCAGCCGGUGAAGAAGCCGGCGGUGCUGCCCACUCCGCCGAAGAAGCCAGCGGCGGAUGAGCUGGAGGCGUUCCUUGAUGAUCUUAUUUGAACACCCGCGUGUGCUGCAGGCUAGUUUUAGAUACUGCCAGCGCUGUCAAUGGUCGAUGGCAGCUGUGGAAUAUAUGGCGGAGUACCACAUAAAACUCGUAAAGAACUAGGGGCAGGAAGCCGCCUGCAAUG